AUGUUUGCGCGAACAGUAGCAUCGUCCCUCCGACAAGCCGCCCGGCCCAUGGCCGUCUGCUCAACGGCCUCUGCCUUCCGCGCCCCCAUCGCUCCUCUAUCCCCCUUCCAAAUCCGCCUCCUCUCCGACCAAACCCGCUCCGCCAUCGACAAAGCCGUGUCCUCCGCCCCCGUCGUGCUCUUCAUGAAGGGAACCCCCGAGACACCCCAGUGCGGCUUUUCGCGCGCCGCCAUCCAGAUCCUCGGUCUUCAGGGCGUCAACCCCGACAAGUUCGCCGCUUUCAACGUCCUCGAGGACCCUGAGCUGCGCGAGGGUAUCAAGGAGUACUCCGACUGGCCCACGAUUCCCCAGCUCUACGUCGAGAAGGACUUUAUCGGUGGAACGGAUAUUCUGGUGUCUAUGCACCAGAAUGGUGACUUGGCUAAGCUUUUCGACGAGAAGAAGGUUAUUCUUGAGGGAGAGCCUGAGCAGAAGGAAUAG